GGGGGGGGCCGCUCGCCCUGACCCCCAGUCCACCUCAGGGCUCCCACUGGGGGUUCACUGGGAAGAUUUGGGGGGGGGGGGGGGGGGGAAACUUUUCAAGCCGCCCGGUCGCCCAGGCCGGAGGAUUUGCUGGCGUUGCGGGAACGCAGGAGCAGCUUGCCGCUUCCUCGGCCCUUUUUUGUUCCCCGGAUGACUCCUUCAUUUUGCCAAUUUUUCGCUCCCCCCCCCCCCCCCCCCCCCCCCCCAUCCCAGUUUGCUCCAGCCAUGGGCCCCCUUUUCCCGGGGGGAUCUGGGGGAUGCUGGGUUCACCCCGAUAUCCCGAAGGAACGAGGCCGCGAGCGUGGCCUGGAAAGGGUGCAGCAUCCCACCCCGCUUCGGGUUCGCAAAAGGAUUUUCCAUGCAUGCUCUUAAAAAAAAAAAAAUAAUAAUAAUAAUAACAGAGGGAGGCUGGUUGCACCGGGAGUCUUGCAGCCGGGGCUCUCGUCUGCGGCAGUGACCUAUUUUAGCAGCCGGUUGACUUUUAAGGGGGGGUUAGUUUGACUUGCAGAGAGCAGGCCUGAGCCGGGAAGAUGCACGGGAAAUCCUUCGGGAUGUUCUGUGCCCGGGGACCGCGGUUCCCGGUACCCUGGUGCCUCCCCCAUCCCUAAAAGUGCGAGGUUGUGAUUGCCCCAGCGAUGGCUCCGUGCCCGUAAUAACACCCCGGGAGGCGUUCGAGCGGCUUUUCGGAAAGGGGAAGAAAGUGCAAGCUUGGAAAAAUAAAGCAACGACGCUGAACCGGCUCACGAGAUGAUGGCUGGGAUGCUGGGCUGGGGCUCGGCACCCCCCCGGAUCCGAUACUGGGGGUAACUGGAGUCGGGUUUGGGUUUGUGCCGGCCGGCCGGCCGCGCUCGGCCUGUGAAAUUCCUGCUGGCGUUAAAUCAGCUGCUGGAACAGCCCCUGCAUCCCCUCCGGAGGGAGAUGCUCGUGGACCAGGGAAGGCACCGGGGAGGUUUUUGGGAGCGUUUCGUGCUCUGAGGUGGGGAUGGAGAUGCCCAGAGCCCACCUGAGCGGGCAGCCCUGCGAGGAAGAAGGGGAAAAGUUGGGAAUUAAACCUUUCGUCCGCACCCGGCCUCAGCAAGAACCAGAGGAAAAUUUGCUUUAUACAGCAAAAAAAUCCUCCUUGGAAAGAUAUUAAGGGUUUUAUUAUUUUUUUUUUUUUUUAAUUUUUUUUUUCCCGGAUCUGGGGUGAAACCUCGCUGGGUGCAAACGUUUCAGCUCUGACCGCGGAGUUUCCCUGAGGAUGCCGACUGGGCUAAACACCGCUCCGGGGGCUUUGCUGGGGGGGCCGGAGGGUCCCCUUCGCCUCCCGGCUUGGCUUCACGGCGGAGCUUUGUUCUCCCCGCGAGGAAUUAACGCUGAUAGUCGAAAAAACGACUGACUACCCUUCGGCUGAGUACUCCCUGGUGGAGGAUGUAGCCCUCCACUUCACGUGUUUGAUGGACAGACUGAACGAGCAGCGCCUCUUUCAGCCGGACCUGUGUGACGUGGACAUCGUGCUGGUGCAGCACAAAAGCAUCUUCCCGGCGCAUAAGGGGGUCCUGGCGGCCUACAGCCAGUUCUUCCACUCCCUCUUCACCCAAAACAAGCAGCUGCAGCGUGUGGAGCUCUCUCUGGAGGCCCUCACCUCGCAGGGCCUCCAGCAGAUCCUCAACUUCAUCUACACGUCCAAGCUCCUCGUCAACUCCUGCAAUGUGCAGGACGUGCUGAACGCGGCUGCCGUGCUGCAGAUGAACAACAUUGCCUCCUCCUGCCAGAACCUCCUCGACACCCGCUCGCUCAGCCUGGCCGCCGACAUGGCCCUGCCCGCCGAGGGCUGCACCGGACCCCCGCCCUACUACUGCGAGAUCAAGCAGGAGGUGGAUGCCCCCCAUCCCAAAAUCUACGCCCGGGAGGGCAACGACCCCUACUCGGUGCGGGUGGAGGAUGGAGCAGGCGGUGGGACGCUCCCGCCUGGUCCAGCCAAGCAGUACUACAAGGAGGAGAAGGAUGAUGGUCCGGGCGCUGUCUGUAAGAUGGAGGGCGAGGAGUCCGAGGAGGACCUGGACAGCCAGGGCUCAUACAACCGGGAGCAGAUCAUCGUGGAGGUGAACCUCAACAACCAGACCCUCAACGUCUCCAAGGGCAUGGAGGGGAAAGCAGCCGCCAGCGAGGCGGCCGUGAUGGGGCGGCCUGACGGUGAUGGGCGUGACACGGAGGAGGAUGGGGAGGGGGAGAACGAGGAAGGAGAGGAGGAGGAGGAAGAGGAGGAGGAUGCGGAGGUGGGCGAGGAGGAAGAGGAGGAGCACAGCGAGGAGGAAGACCUGGAGGAGACGACGGAAGAAGAGGAUGAUGACGACGACGACGAAGACGCGUCGGAGGUGAAAAGGGAAAAGGGUGGGCAGCCCCGCAGAGGCAGCCGGGCGUCCAAAUCCACCAAACCUGCCAUGGCAACCAGGUCCCAGGAGAUGGCCAAGGUGGAAGAGGAGGAGGAGGAGGAAGAGGAAGGCCAGCGAGGGAGGAAGAGGAAAAAGGAACAGGACGGUUUGGGCCAGAAGGUGAAGCUGGAGGAGAAGCAGCACUACCCGUGCAAGAAGUGCCCCCGGGUCUUCAACAACCGUUGGUACCUGGAGAAGCACAUGAAUGUCACGCACAGCCGCAUGCAGAUCUGCGACAAGUGCGGCAAACGCUUCCUCCUCGAGAGCGAGCUGCUGCUGCACCACCAGACGGACUGCGAGAAGAACAUCCAGUGCGUGACAUGCGGGAAGGGGUUCAAGAAGCUCUGGUCCCUCCAUGAGCACAACAAGAUAGUCCACGGCUACGCCGAGAAGAAGUUCUCCUGCGAGAUCUGCGAGAAGAAGUUCUACACCAUGGCCCACGUGCGCAAACACAUGGUUGCUCACACCAAGGACAUGCCGUUCACCUGCGAGACCUGCGGGAAGUCCUUCAAGCGCAGCAUGUCCCUCAAGGUCCAUUCACUCCAGCACUCUGGGGAAAAGCCUUUUAAAUGCGAGAACUGCAAUGAGCGUUUCCAGUACAAGUACCAGCUGCGCUCCCACAUGAGCAUCCACAUCGGCCACAAGCAGUUCAUGUGCCAGUGGUGCGGCAAGGACUUCAACAUGAAGCAGUACUUCGACGAGCACAUGAAGACGCACACGGGCGAGAAGCCCUACAUCUGCGAGAUCUGCGGGAAGAGCUUCACCAGCCGCCCCAACAUGAAGCGGCAUCGCCGGACCCACACAGGCGAGAAGCCGUACCCCUGCGACGUCUGCGGCCAACGCUUCCGCUUCUCCAACAUGCUCAAAGCCCACAAGGAGAAAUGUUUCCGAGUCAGCAACCCUUUGGCUUUGGACACGGCUGCCCCCCAACCCGCCGCCAGCCCGGCCCCGCUGCCCCCCGGCCCCGGCGUCUCUCCCCUGCCCCUGCCGCUGCUUCAUCCCCUUCCACAGACCCUCCCUCCUCCUCCUCACCUACCGCCACCCCCUCCCCUGUUUCCCGCGGGGAGGAUAAAUUCGAACAACAACUAGGUGCCCCCCCAACCCCGGCCGUGCGCCCGCACGGACUGCUCUACCCGUUGGGAACGUCUCCCCCCGGGGAGCCAAGGCUUCGCUUGCUCUCUACCCCCCUUCCUCCUUGUUUUGGGGUUGUUUUGGGUUUUUUUUCCUUUUUCUCACCCGUCAUUCUCCGCGGAAAGGGGGAGCAGGAGGAAGCCCUGCCCUGAGGAGCGUGGGUGUUGAGGGGGGGGAACCGCCGUCCGUCUGUAAGGGUGUAGGUAAAAGGCAUCACUCUGCUUCAUCUUCCUACCCAUUGGCUUCGUCCUUGUGCCGGGAUGCUGGCGGGGCUCGGAGGAGCAGGAUGCCGCGCCGUCCGGGGUUGAGCUUGCCGGUGUUGCGUGCCCGCUCGCUAGCCGAAUGAACGCCUGCCGGCGCUUCAAUAUUUAUAAUAAGCCGAAAUCUAGCUAGUGGUGCUUGAAUCCCUGUACUGUAAAGCUGGUCUUUCAAUUCAGGCUCUUUUCCCAAGAGGUUGAGAGGUGGGCACCACGGAGGAGCCCCUGCUGGCCCCGUCUGCCGGCCCCGGUGGCCUGCGGCGAGCGAGCAGAUGUCCCCGUUGGAAAGCCGUCAGCCUGCUCUCGUUAGCAGCCCUCGCCGCGUCUUCCCUCCCCGCGAUAGGUUUUCCUCUUCGAUAGGCGAAAGCACAAACACCGGUGUUGCGUCUUGGGGCAUCGGCAGCUCACUGCCAGUUCAUUUUUGGGGUGCCCUAAGGGAGCCAGGCUCUGGUGUGCCCUUUCUGCUAAUCCCAGCAGGAGCUGGGCUCCUGGGGAUGCUCUGGAGUUGGCGAGGUGUCCCUGGGAGAGCUCUGAUGGCCUCGGGACUGGCGGGAGGGUGGCCUGGGACAGAGGAUGCCGCUGUUUCUCGGCAGAAUCAGCCCAGAAUAGUGCCUUAACAAUUCGAAUAAACCCCUGACUGACGGGUGAGCUCCAGGUUGGGUCCCGUUGCAAGGUUCAGAGCUAAAGCAAGACCCCAUUCCAGCCUGGUUACGAUGUCCCAUCCUCCAACUUGUUGCCCGCGUGACUCUCCCAAGCUUCGCCUCUCCCCAUGGGGUUGGCAUCCGUUGCCCUGCCCUGGCUUGCAGGGGACCAGUGAGGGCUGUGGUUGGUUCGGUGAUGUCCCGCGGUGUUGGUUAGCGCUUCUCUGGCCACAUUGUGUUUGUUGAAGCUGAGCUGGUCUUUGGUUUCACCUACUCAGGCUGGCUUCACGCUGGCGGAGGAGAAGAGGAAGUCUUUGCUGUUACUUUUUUGUUGGAUGCUGGGGUCCAAGCUGGGUCUCUCGUUGCUGUGCUCUGCCCUGGGGUGUCAUGCGUUGGCCUGACCAUGGCUGUGUGGUCUCCCUGCCUGGGGAAGUGUCCCCUUUGGGGUCGGGGAGAGCUGGGAGCGCUGCAGGGGCUGCAGAACAUCCAGCAUGGUCAGAGAGGUGCCGGCCAAGAGGUGGGGUGUGUUGCAGCUGAUGCCUUGCUCCCAGGGCCAGCGCUGUGGAUGCGUGCGGAUGUGGGUCAGGUCAUGGAGGAGGUGGGGAGCAGGGAUGUUGGUAGGCAAGAAGGAAGAGAGGACACUGAGCGUGCUGCGGGAGCCCUUUCUCAUUUGCACCUUGUUCUGGGUGAUAGCAGGGUGCUGGGCACAGUGAGCCACAUCUGGCUCUGCAAGAAGUCUUGGUGCUUCGUCUGGACCAAAUCAGCAAAGUACUUGGGCAACGUUGAGGCUGCCCCUGCAGAGAUCGGAGGACUCGGCCAUGCGCUCAGGGGCUUUGCUGACCAGGGACAUGCAGGAGCAUUAGCCUGAUAGGGACAGGACAGGGGAGCAUCUGCUGUUCUCCUGAGUGGUCUUUGAGGUGACGGGUUAGGUGACUGGUGUCCCUUCCUGCUGAGCGGUUCCCCUGUGCCUGAUGUCUCCAGAAAGCUGGCUGCUCUUGUGGAUUUUAGCAUGUUGGAGCAACAGAUUGCUUUUCAUCUUCAUGUUGGCUGGGAUCCUGUGGACCCCCAGCACCGCAAUAAGUACCAGUGAGCUCACCCUCAUCUCCAUCUGCUUUGAGCAAAAGCAGGAUGCUAUGGCAGAGCUGCCUCGCCAUAUUGACCUUCUCAGAUGGGUACCAAAGGCUCCUCUGCUUUCCUUCCUCCGUGACCUUGGGGCUUAUUGGGAUGGUGCAAAGCCUUCUCAAACACGCAUCCAUGAGGGAUGUGGGCACGCAGGUCUUGGGGCCAUUGGCUUUCUGAAGUGACCGUGACCCAGACUGGAAGACGAUUGCUUUAGAGAAGCAUUCAGUGAUACCCUUGGAGGUGUUGGAGGGCCUCAGUAGAGUGGUCCGUGCUGUCUCCUCGUCUGCUGCCUCCCAGACCCCAUCCCCUCAGGCUCCCUUGUGCUUCUUUCCCCUCACACUCAGCCUUGAGACGGGAUGGGAGCGCUGCACCCCAAGGAGGGCUCACCUUGCCUGUAUGGUCUCCUGUGAUGGAGCCCAUCAGCCUACCUGUCUGGUAGACUUCUCCCCACAAGUAAACACCCACACCAUGUGUUCCCUUGUACCGCUCACCUGGAGGUGGCUUUCCCUGUCCUGGGUCAUCCUCUCGCAGUGAGGACCUGUCCCACUUGGACAUCACUGUGAGAUGAGAGCACCUUGUUGAGGCUAGAAGCCCAGCGGAAAGCCCAGUGACUGAUCCCAGCCGUGUCUGAUCCCCUUCGAGAGCCUGCUCGUAGAGCCACCUGGAGACGUCGAGAUGUGACCAUGCACACAGCACUUUGGAGAACCAGAUCCCUGCUGCUCCCUCCCCUCUCCAAGGCCUGGGCAGUUCCCAGGAGUCCUACGUGGCCUCCGAGCCCUUUUGUCUACACCCUUACUCGGCCCCGAUGUGUCUCUUGAUUUCUGGUUUUCGUUAAUGUACUAAGAGCUCAAAUGAGUUGCUCCCGCAGUGUCUCAUCCCGCAUCCAUCCCAGUAGGCCCUGCUGGCACCCAUUGGGUUGGACGGGGCGGGAGGCGGGGGAUUUGGGUCCGUUGUUUUCAAGCUUUUUAUGUUUUAUUUUAAAAUUUUAAUUUUUUUUUUUUUUUUUAACUCUUGCACCUUAAUCUCUCACAACCCUUCUUCGACAGACCGCGAGGGUGGAGAGGGGCUUAAUUUCCAUUAAGCAGUUCAUGAAUAUGCCGCAACGCAACGUUCGACUGACAACUCUGCCCACGCGCCGAAGCCCAGACCUGUCUGGGUUUGAAUUUCUUUUUCCCCCCUUCAUUUGAACGCUGGGGAGGGAGGGAGUCAUGUGGGGAGGGUCGUUUUUGGUUUAUCUAUCCCAGGAGCCUGGUAGCACAGACCAGUUAGCCUCAUAAUGUCCAUGAGGCACAGCUGGCCCUUCGGACCACAGCCAUAACCCCAGCGCGGUGGGAAGGUGACGAUGGAUGGACGGCCGGCAGGUGGGAACGGCUGUGACAGUGCAAUAGAGACGAGCAUCCGCUGCUAGACAACUCCACUGAUUAAACUCUUGGUUUGCCCGAAGUUGAGAGGGAAGGACGGACGGACGGACAGACGCCCUUUGUUCACACGGACAGAGAGAGCUUCCCCACGCGCCGCCCUGCCUAGUGACACGUAACCACGACGGGAGUUGGGUUGAACUUGCAAAGGAAGAAAAUAAUAAUUAAAAAAAGGGAAAAAAAAAAAGGAUUAAGAACAACCUCAGUAGCAUGGAACUUGAAGAAAAUGAACGAAACCCCAAGCACUUGCCUCAAAAUUAGUUUCUCAUGCCUGGUGUUUGGCUCUGUAUUAUUUUAUGGCAUUCAGUAUCGGUUGCCCAAACAUGCCAACUUAAGAGUGUAUCGGUGGCUCUACUAGUGUGAACAAACUAAACAAAGCACUUUAUUCUGUAUAGAUAAGGGAGGGCGGGGAGGGGAAGCUUUGAUGCUUUUCAGAAGCAUCUUAAGUAAUGUUCUAGCAAAUGUAUUAUUAUUAUUACUUUUUUUUUUUUAUGACCAUGUGUAAUCAAUAUAUGUUUAUCUUUAACUCCAAGUACAGCAGUUACUCUCUUUGGGAUGGUGUGAUGAGGGGGAGGCUGAGAUGGUCGGGUUAGUCCAUCAGCGUAGGGCUAACUGGGGCGAGUCAUUGCCUACUGCAAGAAUGGGCAAGUCUUGCUUCGUUGAUGGCCCCGUUGGCCAAUGUCUGGGAGGUCCCAAGAGGUGCAUCAAAGCUGCCUUCCAGCUCACAGCCAGCCUUGGCACCACGGACCCGACGUGCGUUCCCAUCCCGAGCCAUCUUCUGCCUGGGGGUGCUGGGGCUGCUCUCUGGGCCACCCAUGAGCAAGAUGAGUCAUGGGAGGCUGUUUUGGGUUGUCCCUAGAGGCCAGGUCCUUGGCCAUGCUUUGAAACCUGCUUUUGGCCUCUCACCAAGGCACGUCAGGGGUCACUGAGCUCUGAAAGUGGUGAGAGGCCAGAACUAGGCCUUUCCACUGCGUUCUCCCAGUCUGGAAGUGUUAUGACUGUUACCAAAGAGGUUGCAAGUGGAAGGACUGAAUCAAUAAACAAUUUGUCUUUUAUAAAA